AUGUCUCCCAGCAACAAAUUCGCCGUUCCAGAUGGCGCCGUCGCCCGGCUACGGAUUAUCGACACAACCACUAAAAUCAAAGGUCUUCCCAUGGACUACCUUAUGACACCGCCAAUGCCUGGAAUGGAAGUGCUGCCGGAAGCUCCGACCUGGUCAUUCCUCAUCGAGAGUGACACGGGCCACAAAACACUGUUUGAUUUGGGUGUCCCACCGAAUUGGAGAGAUUUUUCACCCAUUGUGGCAAAACCUCUCCAGACUCGAGGCUGGGGUGAGCCUCAUGGAGAGAAGCAUGUGGCUGACAUUCUAGCUGACGAGGGCAUUGACAUUUCAAGCAUCAAUAGCAUUGUUUGGAGUCACUGGCAUUAUGACCACAUAGGGGAUCCUUCCACCUUCCCUUCAUCCACUGAGUUGGUUGUUGGCCCAGGAUUUAAAGCUGCCUUCUUUCCAGGCUGGCCGGCCAGAUCGGACUCUCCUGUCCGGGAGACCGACUUCAAGGGCCGGGAAGUACGGGAGGUCAGCUUUCAAGAGCCGAACACUCUCCAAAUCGGGCAAUUCAGAGCCUUUGAUUUCUUUGGAGACGGCUCUUUCUACUUGCUUGAUACACCUGGCCAUGCAAUCGGGCAUUUAGCAGGCUUGGUGCGGACUACGCCCGACACCUUUGUCAUGAUGGGCGGUGACCUCUGCCACCACGGUGGCGAGCUGCGUCCAUCCAAGAGCUUGCCGCUUCCUGCAGAAAUCUAUUUGCCUACCCUAAUCCAGUAUCGUGGGUGUAUGUGCCCUGGUGCCGAGUUCGAGGCUAUUCAAAAGAGACGUUCACGAGCACCAGACGAGCCUUUCUUCGAUCCAGCUAUAGGAUUUGACAUUCCCGAAACUAUUCGUACCAUUAAGAAGGUUCAAGAAGCAGAUGCUGUGGAUAAUGUCUUCUUCAUAUAUGCGCACGACAGCACCAUCGAAGGCAUAAUCGACCUGUUUCCCGCGCCCGCAAAUGACUGGAAAGCAAAAGGGUGGCGCGAAAAGGCCUACUGGAGAUUUCUGGAAGACUUUCAAGGAGCAUUGAAGGGAAGCUAG